GGUGGCUGUCAUCAUAUUUCUUCAUCCAGCAGAAAAAAGUGUGUAAAUUUCAUUUAGCAAAAAGACAAUGGCCACUGUUAUUAAGUGUGUACGAGUAUUUCAAAUUUUAAGUAAUGGUGAUCUAGUAGACAAAUGCAAACGAAAUGUUGACCUUUUGGCUGAAUACGAUCCACAGGGAGUCAAUUUGAAAGUGUUGUCGGGCAAUGACAUAGGCCUCGAAUAUCCUAUAUCGGCUCUGACAGACACGGCCCGUAUGGGUGACAAAAGUCAUGUCAUCAAUUUCGACGAUGAAAACAUUUGCAUCAAAUUCAAAACGGCAGCCGAUGCGCAGAAACUCCGACUUGUGUUGGAAAAUAUCCGGCGACUGCAUCCGAAAUCGGUGUUCUCGGAACGAACGGAAGAAUCGUCAGCAUCACAAUAUUUUCAAUUUUACGGUUACUUGAGUCAACAACAGAAUAUGAUGCAGGAUUAUGUACGGACCAGCACGUAUCAGAAGGCCAUACUGAGCAACAUUUCGGAUUUUCAGAACAAAGUCGUAUUGGAUGUUGGUGCCGGUUCGGGUAUUUUGUCAUUCUUCGCGGUGCAAGCUGGCUGUGAAAAGGUCUACGCCAUAGAAGCCAGUAAUAUGGCACAAUAUGCUCAAAUGUUGGUCGUGGCCAACAACGUUCAGGACCGGAUAACGGUGAUGCCGGGCAAAAUUGAAGAGAUUGACCUACCGCAGAAGGUCGACAUUAUCAUAUCCGAACCGAUGGGCUACAUGCUGUACAACGAACGUAUGUUGGAAACGUAUUUGCAUGCACGGAAAUGGUUGAAACCGGGCGGUAAAAUGUUCCCAACACAAGGCGAUCUGCAUGUGGCACCGUUCAGUGACGAAGCACUGUAUUUGGAGCAAUACAAUAAGGCGAAUUUCUGGUACCAGUCGGCAUUCCAUGGUGUCAAUUUGAGCGCACUGCAUAACGAAGCAAUGAAAGAGUAUUUUAGGCAGCCGAUUGUCGACACUUUUGAUAUUCGAAUUUGCAUGAGCAAGUCGGUUAAGCAUGUAGUCAACUUUUUAACGGACAACGAAGAGGAUCUGCAUCGAAUAGACAUUCCAUUGGAAUUUCAUUGUCUACAAACGGGUAUCUGUCACGGACUAGCAUUCUGGUUCGAUGUCGAAUUUGUCGGUUCCACAAGCCAAGUAUGGCUAUCCACAUCACCCAUGUCACCAUUAACGCAUUGGUAUCAAGUGAGAUGUCUGCUACAGUCACCGAUAUUUGUAAUGCAUGGACAGACGUUGGUUGGCAGGGCAAUGCUCAUUGCCAACAAACGGCAGAGCUAUGACGUGACAAUCGAUUUGAAAAUUGACGGAACGAACAUUUCGUCGAGCAAUACGCUGGAUCUGAAGAAUCCAUAUUUCCGUUACACCGGCGCUAUGACUCCGGCUCCACCUGGUACAAGCACUCAAUCACCGUCCGAGGCUUAUUGGUCUCAUUUAGACGCUCAAGGCGCAAGAAAUGCUGUGAACUUAGUCAACGGAAUAACGGUUAAUGGCCUGGGCGAAGUGUCAAUGGACAUCAGUCAUGCGGUGUCCAAUCAAAUUUCGUAGGAAAUACGGCAGGAACGAGACGAGAGCAGCUAAUUUAUAUUUAUGAACAGUAGACACCGGGUGUGGUGGACACAAUUUAUCCAGAAAAAAGAAAUGUUUUUUACCCACGUUCGCCGGAGUAACUCACGACUAUAAUGCAAUUUUUGACGUCAGCACCAGCUAAUUUUCUGAAAUCUGAUCAUCAUCAUCAUAAAAUGUCUUUUCAAUGUAGCCUUCAUUUCGAUAUAUUCGGUCAAUUAAGUAAAACAGCAGAAAAUUGUGAGUGUAAUUUAAAGCAAACAGCCAGGAAAUAUAACAAAAAUUUCAAUGGAAAUUG